AUGUAUGCCUUUCCAGAGUAUUCAAGCCUGGCAGAACUACAAGGAUCAGAGCACCGGUCAGCUGUCUCUCGUUUCAGUAUUACUGCAGUUGGCAGGAUGGCUGCUGCCAGUCCCAGUCCUAGCCUUUUACGGCGGCUCGGUCGGGGUUUCGUGGACUACUGGCGCAGAAUAGGCGACGACUAUCGGACAGUUGCAAAAGAAACCGCUGCUGCCUGUGUAAAGAAGCCGUUCAAAGCUGGUUUUUAUUUCACUGGAUUGGGCGGACUUGUAUAUGCUUAUCGGACGAAUCCUAGUGAGUUGAGAACUAUGAACGAAUUACGGGAGUUACGACAACGGAUGACGAUGUUACCGGCUUCAAUUCAUAACAAAGAAACCGAUGCGGAGCUAGCAGAACGAUCUUUGCUUAUAAGUCAAAAUCGUCUACAUUACUACAAUUUUUGGUUUUUCUCGUUACUUGUACAGUCUCCACAUGACAGUUCCGUGAGUUUUCGAUCGGUUAUGAAUUAUUUAGAGAACAGUUUUGAAAUUCAAUUUUCACUGAGUUUGGUCGAACAUAGUCCUAAAACUCAGAAGGUGCUAGUCGUUUUCAGUGAUUUGUAA